AUGCCAGGUGUUUCCGUUAGAGACGUUUCUGCUCAAGAAUUCAUCAACGCCUAUGCCUCUUUCUUGCAAAGACAAGGUAAACUAGAAGUCCCAGGUUACGUUGACAUUGUCAAAACCUCCCAAGGUAACGAGAUGCCUCCUCAGGACUCCGAAGGUUGGUUCUACAAGCGUGCCGCCUCCGUUGCCAGACACAUCUACUUGAGAAAGCAAGUCGGUGUCGGCAAAUUGAACAAGUUGUACGGUAACGCCAAGUCCAGAGGUGCCAGACCAUCCAAGCACGUUGACGCCUCCGGCUCCAUCAACAGAAAGGCCCUACAGGCCUUGGAGAAGAUCGGCAUUGUUGAAAUCUCUCCAAAGGGUGGCAGAAGAAUCUCCGAGAACGGUCAAAGAGAUUUGGACCGUAUCGCUGCCCAGACUUUGGAAGAAGAUGAAUAA